AUGCCUUCAUACUUGAUCACAGGAACAAGCCGUGGCCUCGGCCUGGCCUUUACCACUGAGCUACUCAAAAAUCCCGAGAAUCUAGUCAUUGCCACUGCACGAAACACCGGCAAAUCUACAGGUCUACAAAACCUCAAAGCUCAAUAUCCCGGAAAUGACCGUCUCAUCCUCGUCGAUAUGGAUGUUGCAAGUUUGGAUAGCAUUCGUGCAGCCGUAAAGGCUGUAGAGCCUCUUCUCCCCAAUGGAUUGGAUAACCUUGUCAGCAAUGCUGGUGUGAGUUAUGCUGGUAUGCAGAGUUUCGAGCAAUUGGACGUUGAAAAGUUCACAUCCGAAGUGGACUUUACAAUCACUGCGCCACUGAAUUUGUUGCGAGAAUUCCUACCCCUUAUCCGAAAGGGUCAGGCUAAGAGAGCGUUAUUUGUCACAUCUGUUAUUGGAUCGAUUGAGCUCGCUGCGCAUAUGCCUGGGCUUUUGAAUGCGUAUGCCGUUGCUAGAGCUGCAUUGAAUAUGUUGGUUCGUAAGUGGUCGAGCACUCUAAAGGGAGAGGGAAUCACCGCUGCUCUCAUCCAUCCCGGCUGGGUCGGCGAAACCGAUAUUGGCGACGAACUUUCAGACUGGGUUGCAAAAUACAACCCCAGCUUAGAAAAUGUGCCCAGCGCAAAGUCUGCCGCAGACUGCAUGAAGGUCUUGAAUAACAUCACGCCUGAAGAUUCGGGUGUCUUCUUCAACCAUGACGGAUCCAAGCUUCCUUGGUAA